GAGAAGCAGGAAGCGUUUCAUUGCCGACACGUCACUUCUCAUCACCCACGAAGCAAAACAUGAUGGCCCAGUUUCAGGAAGUAUCAAAGCAGUCCAGUCUGCACCCGAAGCCUGCAGGGUUGGUUUUGCAGUAUGGCACCGCUGGCUUCAGGACCAACGCCAAACAACUGGACCACAUCAUGUUCAGGAUGGGACUGCUGGCCACUCUCCGCUCCAAAAAGACCAAAAACACCAUCGGAGCCAUGGUCACUGCAUCGCACAACCCGGAGGAGGACAACGGGGUGAAGCUGAUUGACCCAUUGGGGGAGAUGGUGACACCGACAUGGGAGGGCUACGCCACUCAGCUGGCCAACGCUGAGCAGGAAGACUUGCUCGCUGCUCUGCAGGACGUUAUAGAGAAGGAGACCAUAAACAUGAGUCAGGAGGCUAAUGUGUUUGUGGGAAAAGACACCAGGAGCAGCAGUGUCCGCCUUUCACAGGCAGUAAUGGAUGGAGUAUCUGCACUUGGUGGUCACAGCAAAGACUAUGGUUUGGUGACCACCCCACAGCUCCACUACAUUGUCUGCUGUCAGAACACACAGGGUAAAUAUGGAGAAGCCACAGUGGAAGGAUAUUAUGAGAAACUCUGCCAAGCCUUCAUCCAGCUCACAAAGAGUGCAUCCAAUUGUACAGAUGACCAGAAGCACCUCUCUGUGGAUGGUGCUAAUGGUAUUGGGGCUCUAAAGGUGCGAGAGUUGGAGAGUCACCUGAACAAGGAGCUGCAUAUAUCGCUGUUUAACGACGGCAGCAACGGAAAGCUCAACCACCAGUGCGGGGCUGACUUCGUCAAAGUGCAGCAAAAUCCUCCAUCAGGCGUUCAGAUUAGCCCAGGGGAGCGUUGCUGCUCCUUUGACGGCGACGCUGACCGAAUAGUUUACUACUACACCGACUCUGAAGGGCGGUUUCACCUGCUGGAUGGAGACAAAAUCGCUACCCUCAUCAGCACCUUCCUGAAAGAGCUGCUCCAACAGGCUGGUCUAGACUUGAAGAUAGCAGUGGUGCAAACAGCCUACGCUAACGGAAGCUCAACGCACUAUCUGGAAAACACUAUGAAGGUAAUAGUGAGGUGCACUAAAACUGGAGUGAAGCACCUUCAUCACGCAGCGCAGGAGUUUGAUAUUGGUGUGUACUUCGAGGCCAAUGGUCACGGGACUGUGUUGUUCAGUAAGGCGGCUGAGGAGAAGAUCCAGCAGGUAGCAGAGAACCCCGACACCGACGACAAGAGGAAGAGAGUGGCUGUCCUGCUGCAGAACACUAUUAACGUCAUCAACCAGACUGUAGGAGAUGCCAUUUCUGACAUGCUGCUGAUUGAAGCCAUAUUAGCCAUCAAGGGUAUGACUAUCCAGCAGUGGGAUGCCAUCUACAGCGACCUGCCAAACAGGCAGCUCAAAGUCAAGGUGUCGGACCGCAGGGUGAUAGACACGACAGAUGCAGAGAGACGGGCAGUGAGCCCAGCGGGCCUGCAGGAGGCCAUUGACAGUUUAGUGAAGAAGUACAGACAGGCCCGCUCCUUCGUGAGACCCUCCGGCACAGAGGACGUGGUGAGAGUUUACGCCGAGGCCGAGACACAGGAGAGCGCUGAUGAGCUGGCACAUGAAGUCAGCCUUGCAGUUUACCGUCUCGCUGGAGGAGUCGGGGGUGAACCAAAACCAUUGCACUAGAAACGCACACAGCGUUGACCAAUCAGCUCAUGCUUUUUGAAUGCAAUCUAAUGAUAAUUUUCUGAAGUAGCAAUCUUUUCGUUGAGGUGCCAAAUUAUUUUGUACUGGAAGCUGCACUCGGCACUUCACUCAAGAUUUCUAUGUCUUUGUGUUUGUCUGUGUAGAGAUUAGGGAAAUACUGGAGAUUUUAUACUACUUUUAUUACUACUCUUGGCUUGUUAUUGGUUUCUAUUUAAUACGAAUACGCUACUUUACUGUAUAUAUGCCAUAAUUAAAACAUCAGUUUUCACGGAUGAGUUUCAAUUAAAUUUUGUUUUUCAUGUAACUUCCUCCUAAAUGGAUUUGAACCAUUACUGCGUGUAAUAUCUUUGCUUAUGGAGACAGUGAAAUCACAAGUUCACACAAGGGGAGAUGUGGCAAUUGUAUUUCCCUUUAAUGCCAGUUGUAGCUUUUGUUUAAAUAAUAAAUGCUAAAG